UAUACCUAUUUCAAAAACAUAAAUGGGACUUUACGUAUGACGCUACAUUUAUCAGUUAUUAUCCUAUAACGCUAAAAGCCACUCAAUUCUAGGAACUAAUUAUAUAUUAUCUUAUGUAGCUACACGGAAAUGCUUAGCGCGUGUACUCGUAGAUUGCGUAUCGACUACGUCUAUGCUGAACUAUCUAUUUAUCAACUUGGAUCGUUUUGUAUUUAGCUAACAGCUACCAAAUAAUUUUCUUGAUUAUUGUAUGUAUUGCGUCAUGUUUGCUUUGUUACUUUCCGUCUAUUCUUGUGCUGGCAUUUUAAAAAUUUAAUAUGACUGAUUACAACUAAUCUCGGAUUUCCGAGCUAGGCAGCUAACAGGCUAAACUAAACAAAACUACGAUUUUUGUGCGGUGAUUUUUGAAGAUUCGCACAGACUUACACACCACUGUCCUGUAACGUUAGACAGCUAGCUAUCUGGUUAGCUUUUGUAUGAUGCACAGAACACAAUAAUUAGCCUUCCCGUAUUUUGAUGUACUCUGCAAAUCCUCUUCGGAAAAAAAGAACGGUCACAAUGAAUUCCUAAUCCAGAGCUCUUUGGUUUUCAAAUGAACUAAACAUCUUGUUUGGAGCGUAUGAAAUACCCAGUAAGGAUGAUGCGUUAUUGGGGCGAGUUACCUGUCGCGUCUGUCCCACCGGGCCGCAGCUCCUUUGACCUUUUGCAGCGCGAGUUUCGGCAGGUAGAGAUGCAAGAUCCUCCGCUGCACCAGCCAUCAGCACAGCGUCCACGACCCACCACCAUGCUGGACGUCCCCUCGGAACCCUGCAGCCUCACGAUCCACACGGUGCAACUCAGCCAGCACGCACGACGCCUCCGGAGCCUUCUCGCCGCGGCACAACUGGGCCAACAACCCGUGACUGGUUUGUCUGAUGCUCAAGGCCUUCUCAGAUCGGAGGACGGGGAGCCGCUCCCGGCGCGUCCAGUCACCCCAGCAGCCCCAGACGACCUGCUUCCUCUGGACAGUAAAGCUCCGCGUGAACCCUUCCAGCUGCGGCAUAGUGAUCCAGAGAGCGACUUCUACAAAGGUGAAGGGGAACCCGUGACGGAGUUGAACUGGCCCUCGUGCCGUCAGCUCCUCUACCAGUCCGUUGCCACAGUGCUGGCCCACACCGGCUUCGAGUCAGCCAAUGAGAGUGUGCUGGAGACGCUUACGGACCUGGUCCAUGAGCACUACCUGCGUCUGACGCGGCUUCUCCGUGUGGCUGUGGACCGUGAGGCUCGCCUGGGCUCCACCCCGUUCCCUGAUGUGGUGGAGCAGGUCUUCCAUGAGGUGGGCAUUGGCAGCGUGCUGGCUCUCCAGCGCUUCUGGCAGGUCCGCAUCAAAGACUACCACAGCUACAUGCUCCAGGUCAGUAAAGAGCUUUCCGAGGAGUAUGAAAGAUUGGUAAACCCAGAGAAGGCUUUGGAGGACUCCAAGCCCCUGAAGGUGAAGGAGGAGCCCGUGAGCGAUAUUGCUUUCCCCCUGAGUGAGGAGCCAGAGGCGGAUCCGGCCUCGGGUGACCAGGCUCUCCCCGUUGGGGUGCUGGCUACAUCCAGUGAAAGACUGCCAGGAGGUCUUGAAGAGGGACACUCCCCUCACACAUCAGGAACAGCAGGGCACAGCUCCCCCUUGUGGCAGCUGACACAGGUGAAGAUGGAGCCCCAGGACAGUGAGGAGGGCCAGGUGUCGGGCCAUGGGGUACUGGGUGGUGAUGUGUUUGAGGAGGGACCCAUGUCUACCAUGAGUGAGGCAGGCAUACCUCCAUCACCUGGGGGCUCAGACGGCAGCUACGGUUCUCAGUCACCAGACUCACUGAUGGGCACCUCCCCUUUCAACCAACGGCCAAAGAAACGAAUGAGGAAAGUGUAAUUGCUUGCAUGAAGAUCAACGGCACAGGCAUGAGGUGAUUUUGCGAUUUGUACUGCGGACAGUGGGUGAGAAUGGCUGCGUUUAUGUUUAAAUGAGGACGUACAUGAGAGUAUGUUCUUGAGCAAAUGACUGCUGGUCACCAUUUUAGCCACUUACCACUUAGGGUGUUGGGCAAUUACUUGUUUGGUAUAGUAAAAUUACCAUCUGUUUGUUAUAGCAGAACAAUGCAUCAGUAACAACAUGUGGAAUAAUUAUAGCCUGAUGUCUGUUUCAGAUGCACAGGGACAUAAAUUGAAGGAUAAUGGCAAAUUAAUUACAGGAUGCAUAAAUCUACAUAUUAAUGAAUGCCACCAUUUUGGUACCUGUUACCAUAUUUCCAGUGGAAGCAGACUAUUGUCUCCAAAGCACCUGCACAAGAAACAGCUCUGGCUAAAUGAUUCCAUUCACACAAGCACACACUGUUACCAUCAAAGUUCAAUUAGGGUGGAAAAUUACAGGUGGAUAUUUAAAUUUUUUUUAUCUGGUGUUGGCUUUUCAUAGCAAGCGCAAAGCGAUUGAAAGCACUUGAAAUAGCCUCAUGUAAACAUAAUUUUUGUUUUUCAUCUAACAUCUCUAACAAAACACCUUUUCAGUUGGGUUAAAUCAGCCCAUCAGAAGUCUACUGUCAUGUCGAACUGACAAUGAGAAGCUACAAGGAAACUAGUUGGUUUGCUGAUUAGUUUUCAGUGCUGAACUCUGCAAAGCUUUAUUAUAUGAGCACAUUAAUGCUAUUUUAUGAAAAUUUUGUUUGGCUUUACUACUGAAAAUAAAUUCUAACAAUACUUUGUUUCACGAAGUGGGUCCCCUGCAAGCUGAAGUGCUUCAGCAGGUGAACUGUACUGUGCUCCAUGAGAACAACACAGAGUGACAAGCUCUGCUAGGGACCUAGCAAAAGUAAUGGCCUAUGUGUAAUAUUAGGACCAUAUUAAAUGAACAAAUGGCAACUUGCCUGGUAAAAUGACAUCAUUAAUGUUUCAUCCCUGAGUGAUUCAUCUCUUGAUCCACUUAAGACACCAAUACUUGACUUCUGAAUUUUUUUUAUACAACAACAAAAAAAUAUUUCCUUCAUCAAAAUCAGUUUCAUUGUUAUUCUGUUUUCAGAAUAAAUAUUCCAGUGGUUAGGACAGUUCCACACAGUUUUAUUUUGCAAAAUCUGUUUACCAAUCAAAUGUGUGUUAAUGUGAGUUUUUAUUAACUUGUGCCUGCUUUUAUACAUUUCCUUGGCCUUUAACAGUCUUAAAAAACAAAUCCCUUUUCACUUGUGAAUACAAUGUGUAGAAUAUUGUUUUUAUUCACAUGUUAGUAGGCAGGGGGCAGUCUUGUGCCACAUUCUGGUAGCAGCAUUCACUGCCAGGUUCCAGGUGUUCAGUAUUCUUUUUGGCUGUGCCUGCCGAUAUUGAACCUUCUGCGUCUUGAAAAAGCAACAGUUCUAUUUGAACAGGUGGAGUAAUCUGUUCUGCAUGUCUCCAAAUGACAUAUGUGAUUUCUUCACAGCUUUCUUUAAUAAAAUGAAAUCAUGUACAUAGCUUGGUGAGAUAAUUAUCCCCAAAAGGCCUUAUAGAUAUCUCUAUCUUUCAGCGGAAAGAAAACCAUGAAGUUAACUCCUGUGUCAAGUGAAACGACCUCAGUUUUCAGUCUUGUACAAGACACCACCUGCCGACCAGCAUUUCAUUCUUUCUGACAACUGAUAAUUCCAACUUUAGAUCAGAUAAAUGCGGUUUGUUUCUCUUCUCAUGCCAUAUUAUGGUCGUGGGAUUCACACACUCAACAGGGAGCACCUGGCUUCAGCAAACCAUACGUUGCCUCACAUGGUUUGCUCAGUGGUAAGCAUUAAUCUUAAAUUGCCCUGCCUCUGGGAUUCCAGUUGGGGAUUCAGAUAUGGGUAUUAUCAUGGUUUUAUAAUGGAAGAAAGAAGUUAUGAUCUGGUUGAGAUUCACAGUGAGAUCUGUUACAGAAAAAAACCUAUCCUUGUUAAUAAUGUAAAAAUGUUAACUGCUCUUCUCAAAAAAACUUGGCUUUCUGUGAGGCAGUAUGUGCAAAUAGUAAAUGCUUAUCGUUACAGCAUCCAAAGUAUAUUCCUGCUGUUAGUUAUAUACUUGUAUCUCUAUUUUGGACCUUCAUGUGCAAAAGUGCCUUUUGCACUCUGCAUGCAUCAUACAGGUCCAGCAAUGAAUAAAUGGACUCCAUACACCUUGAAGCUUAGUAAUAAUUGCACAGUGAAUUAAAUUGCACCUUUUUUUUUUUGCUCACUGAAGAGUCCAUUUUUAUUUAGAAGUUGGUGGUUGGAUGUCAGGUUUUCCUCUGACAGCACUGAUAUCAAGCUGUGGGUUACUGUAAGAAAUGCCACAUAAAAAAAUCAAAACCUCUUAACCGAGUGUUUCAUAGCCCUUCCCCACUUGUGAAAGUAUGUUACAGCGUGAAAUGCUAUGUUGCGAAAGCUUUGCUCUUUGCUUGUGGAAGAUACUGUCAUUGCUGCUUUGUUGUGCUGUGCCAUUAUGCAGCUCUGAAGGUCAGAACCAUGCUCUGGAGUUGGUGUGGGUUCAUGCCGAACCGUGUUUGGCGCAAAAAGCAAGCCUUAAACUGAACUGUUACAUGAUACCCCAGCUGCCCAGUGAAACAUGAAUGUUACAUUGAAAACAGUGGAAUAAAAAAUCAACUCAUUUUUUCAA